GUGGACCCGACCCACGUUUUCUGACUGGAGUCGUGUACCGGGUAUGGUGGAAGUCGUGUACGGGGUACACGACUUCCGUACAGUGAGUCAACAGUCCAGUCAACCAUAGGGUUCACGGGUGGACGUAGGGUUCAGUGGGUGUGGACACGUGUUGCACAUGCAGGAAGUCGUGUACCCCAGUCGUGUACGGGGUACACGACUUCGCCUAUUUUAAAAACCCUAGAAUCCCUUCAUUAUGCCUUCAUUCGAAAACUUUUUUCCUUCCUCUCUUAAUUUUUCCUCUUCCUCUUUUUCGUUCUUCCUUCGUCUUUCCUUUUCUCUUCCUUCAUCUUUCCUUUCCUCUUCCUUCAUAUUUCCUCUCUUCACCUCAUAAUUGUUACUAGUUUUCUCUCUCUUCAUCUUUCCUCUUUCUAACCCAUUCUUCCUCCCAAUUUCAAAUUUCCUCUUCCUCUCUUCAUCUUUCCUUUCUCCCUCUUCAUCUUUUCUCUUCCUAUUUCAUUCUCCCUUCCAACUUCAAAUUUUCUCUUCCCCUCUUCUCUUUUCCUCUUCUAUUUUGUUCAUCCAUUUUUCCUUUCAAAUUUUCUCUUCCUCUCUUCGUUCACAGUCUAUAUGGGAGGCCUCCUCCACAGUUGUUUUGAAUUGUCGACGAAGAGAGGCAGCAUCUCAGCGCACGAUCCCAUUUGAUCAGCAUAUUGUACCAUAUUUAGAGGCUGCUGGAUUUCUAGGGGCUUCCCAAAUAGGAUUUAUGCCGUUGGACUGACAUUUGAUUACUGCUCUGGUCGAGCGUUGGAGACCAGAGACCCACACAUUUCAUAUGCCUUGUGGGGAAUGCACGAUCACCCUACAGGAUGUUGCAGUUCAGUUAGGGUUACCUGUGGAUGGUGAGCCUGUGGUAGAGUCGUUAUUAUAUGACUGGAAUGUACUCUAUGAGGAUUACUUGGGAGUUCGUCCACCUGAAAUGAAAGGUCAACGAUUGAGCCUUCCUUGGUUGCCAGAACAGUUCACAGAAUUGCCACCGGAUGCUGAUGUAGUGAGCGUUCAAAGAUACGCUCGUGCAUACAUUAUGCAGUUAAUUGGAGGCUUUCUAUUUGCAGACAAAUCAAACACCCUGGUCCACUGUAUGUUCCUCCCGCUUUUAAUUAAUUUUGACUAGGCUGGUACGUAUGCUUGGGGCGCUGCAUGCCUCGCAUGGUUGUAUAGGGAAUUGUGUCGAGCGAGUAAUGCACGAUCUUUAGAGAUUGCUGGCCCAUUAAUAUUGUUGCAAGUAUGGGCGUAUGACAAAUUUCCUAUUCUGGCACCACAAGUACCAGUUGAGGUGUCAGUUGGUCGACCUUUGAGUUUCAGAUGGAGCGGCGUUAUACCAUUGUCAGAACUGUCCGCAAAUAUGUUGAUCACCUACCGAAUGUUUUUUGAUCGGCUGAUCAACUCUCAGAUUAAUUGGACACCAUACACGUCCCACAUUAUGACAUUGCUUCCACAUCAAUGUCAUAGCGGUCAAGCGAUGUGGACAUAUGUGGGUCCUAUGAUUUGCUUUCAUCUCGUUGAGAAGCAUCAAGCAGAUCGUGUAUUGCGACAGUUCCAUAUGCUACAAAUGCCACCAGAGUUUUGCUCCACAGAUCAGGGCCUACACCAAAUUGAUUUAAGAGGCAAGCACGAUCAAGAUUGGAGUAGGAUUCAUGCAGAGCAUAUAGCAAUGUGCCAUUCACGAAAUAAUUUUUGUGUCGAAGUAGAAGCAACACAGAAGCCGACAGUAUCAGAUAACUACUUUUCCUGGUACACGUCGAUUACCCGACACUUCAUGACACCUGAUGGCGCUUACUAUUAUCGCAUGAAUAAUUUUGUUGAAGACGUACAUCGAGUCUCCAUGGAAAACAAUUUUGAAAUUUUUAGACCAAUGUGUGACGAAGUCAUGGGAGAUAUAGACCGUCUUGGUCAGCGGAUUCGACGUUUAAAUGUUGUCGACACAGAUCGUAGACGCAUUCGACGACGACGACGACGACAAGGCGAUGAUGUCGUAGAGGGAGAUGGGGAAGAUUCUUAAGUUGUAUAAUUUAAGUGUUUUUAAAUUUUGCUAGAACUUAUUCAAGUUGUAUAAAUAAAAAAUUGAACUUUUUAAAAUUAAUUAUAAAUUAGA